AUGAUCGUUGCCGAGGUAGAUAUUCUUCAAGUUAUUGGCAACUCAAAUGAAUCUGAAGAAACAAAUCCUCUCAAAAAGUCGAAGGUAGAAUCUGGGAGCUCUGUUUCUGAAAGACACCAAGACAUUGCAGUAGAGUUUCGUCUCAUGAACAAAGAUAUGAAGAAAGCGGGCAUGAAUGUCUUGCUCAGGCUAACACAAAUGCUGUGUCAAACACCUCAGGAGCUUUCCAUUGAUGAUAUUGUCGAAGCAGAGAAUGUAGUGGCAUACAUGAAAUCUUCAGGCGUUAAUGUGGAUUGGUUGGCGAAAAAGCUCGUGGAAAUCAAGGAAAAUAAAGAAUAA